GUUCUUUCAAUUCCAGCUCCCUCACUCCUCGCGAUGCUGUUCAAGAAACGCCAGUCGUCUGAUGCCUCGACGCUUGGGGCCACGCCGAGUGCCGGUGGGAAUGGCGGCGGCCAGCUGCCCAUGCUGCGGCUCCCAGACAAGCUGCGGCACAACUUGCUCUGCGUGAUGGGCGAGUUCGUGGGGACUUUCCUGUUUCUCUUCUUUUCUUUUGCGGGUACACAGGUGUCCAAUACCCCAAAGCCAGCACCUGGCGCCCCACCGAAUACUUCUAAUUUGCUGUAUUCGUCGCUCUGUUUUGGGUUCGCUUUAACGGUCAAUGUCUGGGCGUUCUUCCGAGUCACGGGUGGUCUCUUCAACCCGGCGGUUACUCUUGCUCUCUGCCUAAGUGGUGGCAUGCCCCCUCUCCGGGGGUUAUGUGUAUUCCCCGCGCAACUGGUCUCCGGAAUUGCUGCAGCGGGCGUGGUGAGUGCCCUGUUCCCGGGCCCGCUCAACUGCGCGACACGACUCGGCGGUGGCACAUCAAUUUCACAAGGUCUCUUCAUUGAGAUGUUCUUGACAGCGCAGCUAGUGUUUGUCAUCAUCAUGUUGGCGGUGGUGAAGCACAAGUCCACCUAUUUAGCUCCAGUGGGAAUUGGUCUGGCUUUCUUUGUUGCGGAAAUGGUUGGUGAUUUUUAUACCGGAGGAUCUCUCAACCCUGCUCGCUCCCUCGGACCGGAUGUGAUCAACCGCUCGUUUCCGGGAUACCACUGGAUCUAUUGGGUCGGUCCUCUGCUCGGAUCCCUUCUUGCCUCUGCUUUCUAUCGACUCCUUUGUUUCGUGCGUUGGGAGACGAUCAACCCUGGCCAGGAUUAUAACGAGGAAGAUGUGGCCAGAAAGCAGUCGUUGAAGCAGUCGUUGAUGGGUUCGGAUCAUACAGCCACCACGAACGAGGACCCUUCAACCUCAUAUCCCCGAAGGGAUACUCCGUCAGAUGAACAUGUCUAACGCUGCUCCAAUUUCCGAAAGGCUGCGCCGUGGAAACCUGGCGCUUUCGCCCAGAUGACCAUAACCGAAGCAACCUUGAGUGCGCCCAACAAAUUUCCCUGUUAUGUACGUAGUGGAGAGGCCUCAAUGAAAUGUGUUUGGUACAGGAUCUGAGUCAAUAUUUCAGGCUGGCAAAGAGGCCGAGAAGAGUUCAUUGUUGAUUGCAAUAAG